AUGCUCCCUUUGAAGGAUGGCCCUGAUUCUGGCUUGGCAGCUCUUAGCCAUGUCCCCUUUACAUGUAUUGCUGGUGCUUUGCCCUAUUUUCGCUGGGUGUUCGGCAGUUGGCGAGUUUGCAAGAAGCAGACCGGAGAGGAUGCGGCUUUGAUGCGCCUUUUGGUGAACGCUGGUGAGAUUCGGCCCCCAGACGCAGGCCAAUUGCCUGGGAAGACGCAGAUGUGUAUCGACUUUUUAGAGGCUGGAAGGUGCGACAUGGAGCUGAACUGUCCGUUUGCCCACAAUCCAGAUGAACUCUCUGGCUAUCAGUCUUUCCAGCGCUCCGACCAGCACGUCCAUCCCGAGGCCUGCAAGAACCAAGCACUAAGAUCACCAAGCCCUCCGCCACCAAUGCGAAGCGCGGGUCACUUAGCUGCUGAUCCAUCCGCUGCAGCAGAUGAUGCCUUCCUCAGAUACUUGAUAGACAUGGGCCGAGCAAGUCCGAGCGGUGCCAGACGGUGGUGA